AUGUCAAAGAGUGCAAUCGGAAUUGACCUUGGUACAACGUAUUCCUGUGUUGCCAAGUUCAGCAAUGAAAGAGUGGAGAUCAUUGCUAACGACCAAGGUAAUAGAACCACCGCAAGUUUUGUAGCCUUCAACGAUACUGAACGUCUUAUUGGUGAUGCUGCUAAAAACCAAGCGGUUAUUAAUCCUCACAACACGGUGUUUGAUGCCAAGCGAUUGAUUGGUAGAAAAUUUGACGAUCCAGAAGUCCAGGAAGAUAUCAAGCAUUAUCCUUUCAAAGUGAUCAAUGAAGGGGGUAAGCCCAAGAUCCAAGUUGAGUAUAAGGGAGAGACUAAAAAAUUCACCCCUGAAGAGAUAUCAAGCAUGAUUUUAGGCAAGAUGAAAGAGACUGCCGAAACAUUUUUGGGAGAGCAAGUGAAGGAUGCAGUUGUUACGGUGCCAGCAUACUUCAAUGACUCUCAGAGACAGGCCACCAAGGAUGCAGGGUUAAUUGCCGGAUUGAAUGUGUUGCGUAUUAUCAAUGAGCCAACCGCGGCAGCUAUUGCUUAUGGAUUGGACAAAAAGGAUGAUGGCAAAGGUGAGCACGAUGUGUUGAUCUUUGAUUUGGGAGGUGGGACAUUUGAUGUCUCGUUGUUAUCUAUUGAUAAUGGGAUAUUUGAGGUGCGUGCUACUGCCGGGGAUACACAUUUAGGAGGCGAGGAUUUCGAUAGUAGAUUGGUUAACCACUUUAUCCAAGAGUUUAAGCGUAAGAACAAAAAGGAUAUUAGUGGGAACCAACGGGCCUUGAGAAGAUUGAGAACCGCAUGCGAAAGAGCGAAGCGGACCUUGUCAUCCUCUACACAAACUUCAAUUGAAAUUGACUCAUUGUUUGAAGGUAUUGACUUUUAUACUUCGAUUACCAGAGCAAGAUUCGAAGAAUUAUGUGGUGAACUAUUCAGAUCCACUUUGGAUCCGGUGGAAAAAGUUCUAAAGGAUGCAAAGAUUGGGAAAUCAGACGUUGAAGAAAUUGUUCUUGUUGGUGGGUCCACCAGAAUUCCUAAAGUUCAAAAAUUGGUUUCUGAUUUUUUCAAUGGAAAAGAACCAAAUAAGUCAAUUAACCCAGAUGAAGCAGUUGCUUAUGGUGCUGCUGUCCAAGCUGCAAUUAUGACUGGUCAUACUUCUACAAAAACCCAAGACUUGUUGUUAUUAGACGUUGCUCCAUUAUCUCUUGGUAUAGAAACUGCUGGCGGGGUCAUGACAAAAUUGAUCCCACGAAAUUCUACUAUCCCAACAAAGAAGUCUGAAACUUUCUCCACUUAUGCCGACAAUCAACCCGGUGUGUUGAUCCAGGUUUUCGAAGGUGAGAGAGCUAAGACUAGAGACAACAAUUUGUUGGGGAAGUUUGAACUUUCAGGAAUUCCUCCAGCGCCAAGAGGUAUUCCUCAAAUUGAUGUAACCUUUGACAUUGAUGCCAAUGGUAUUCUAAACGUUUCUGCGGUCGAGAAAGGCACUGGAAAAACCAACAAAAUUACCAUUACAAAUGAUAAGGGCAGAUUAUCUAAAGAUGAUAUCGAAAGAAUGGUGUCUGAAGCAGAGAAAUUUAAAGAAGAGGAUGACAGGGAAACAGAAAGAAUUACAAGUAAGAAUGGAUUUGAAAGCUACGCUUAUUCACUCAAGAACAGCAUUGCCGAGCAAGGCUUUAAGGAUAAAGUUGCAAGUGAGGAUGUUGAAAAAUUAGAAAAAGAAGCGAAUGAGGCCAUCAAAUGGUUAGACGAAUCUCAAUCGGCAUCGACUGAUGAAUAUAAGUCCAGACAAAAAGAAUUGGAAGAAGUUGCCAAUCCGAUUAUGAAGAAGUUCUAUGAAACUGGUGCCGGAGGCGCUCAUCCUCCGCCUCCGCCUCCUGGCAGUGGAAGCUCCGGUGCAGGUACUGCUGGCCCAACUGUUGAAGAAGUUGAUUAG